AUGGUUAAGCCAGAGAACAAGAUCCACGCAGAAUCGUCAAAGCCACUGAAUGCACUAUCUUCCUCAUCGCCAGCAUCAAGUGACAACAAGAAGAAGUACAAGGGAGUGAGGAUGAGAAGCUGGGGCUCAUGGGUGUCAGAGAUUAGAGCACCAAACCAAAAAACUAGAAUAUGGUUGGGAUCCUAUUCAACUGCUGAGGCAGCAGCAAGAGCCUAUGAUGCUGCACUACUAUGCCUUAAGGGUUCCUCAGCCAAUCUCAACUUCCCUUCAAGCUCUUCACACUACAUUCCUCAAGACACUGCCAUGUCCCCAAAAUCAAUCCAAAGAGUUGCUGCAGCUGCUGCCAACAACUUUUUGGACAAUGCUUUUGCUACCAUCCCUUCUUCUCCAUCAUCUCCACCUUCUCCUCCUCUUGCUUCAACCUCUUCCUCUUCACUGGCCUCAUCAUCAUCAAUGUCAUCAUCUCCCUUAGACCAAAUUGAUGAUGAUGUCUCACUUCUGUCACCAUUUGGGACCUACACUCCUCCUCCUCCAAUUAACUCUGAUCAAGCAAAUGAAUCAAUGAGUAUGAUGGAAUAUUGGUAUGGUUUGGAGGGGUUGCAAUCCCCAAAGUAUGUUGAGCAAAUGCUAAGUGGGGCUUUCUUUGACAUUGAUUCAACACAGUUGUUCGAUGAUCCGUAUGAAGAAAGUGACAUCCGUUUGUGGAGUUUCUGCUGA